UGUUGUGUUAACAAAAUAAAAUAAUACUUAUUUAGCAUUAAAUUAAGUUUUAUUUAUUACUAAAAAUUGGUGAUGUACAAACUGCAUUUCGGUCCUCUGUUGAGGCAAUAUUUUAUAGUGAUUACAGUAAACUUGAGCGUUUUGGUCACCGGCCUGGGGCUAGCAUGGCCGUCUCCGGUUUUCGUGAAACUGAGAAACAGCACGGAAACCAUCCUGCCAUCACCGAUGACAGAGGAGCAAGGAUCCUGGAUUGUUUCCAUUGGUUUUUUGACUGGACUUUCGCAACAUCUUGUGGCAGCAUAUCUGGUUGAUCGCAUCGGUAGAAAGUCUUGCAUCAUAAUCUCAUGCCUCCCGAAGAUACUUGUCGGUUUCCUGUACAUCUUCGCGAGCGAAGUCUGGAUGCUAUUGCUUGGUAGAGCUAUCCUCGGGAUUUCUGAUAUUUACGCAUUUAAUACCGUUCCAAUGUAUGCUUCAGAAAUUGCUAGCAAAGAGAUAAGAGGGGCCUUGGGUACAAUACUUCAGAUCCUGUGCUCCAUAGGCGUGGUGCUCAUGAUGUGUAUCGGGCCUUUUGUAUCGUAUCUUCAUCUUAACAUUAUUUACACUUGCUUCGCUUUGAUCGUAACCGUACCAAUGCUGUUUUUACCGGAUAGCCCAUACUUCUUGUAUUCUAGAGGUAAAAAUCAGGAGGCGCUAAGAGUACUUACGUAUUUACGUGGCUCCGAAUCAAUCGCUUCAGAUGAACUGAAAGAAUAUUCUCUUUGCGAGAAACAAACCGUUGCUAAAAGAGAAUUGUUUAAAAACAGAACUUUCUUGAAGUCGUUGUUCAUUGUUUUGGUGCUAUCCGGAGGGACUCAGCUGGUUGGUUUCAACUCAAUAUCGUUUUAUCUUCAGACAAUAUUGGAAUCGACUCAUACGAGCGUCCAGCCGGAACUAGCCUCUGUAAUAACGGGCAUUAUACAAUUACUUUCGAGUCUCUGCACCACUUUAGUGACGGAUAAAUUCGGGAGGAAGCCCAUACUAACAACUACUCUAGCGGCCAUGGUCUUUGGACUGAUGGGGCUCGGAAUAUUUUUCAAAUUAAAAGAAACUAUCGCCAUCAGUGGACUACUGAAUUUUCUUCCCAUAGCUUCGGUUAUACUUGUAGUAAUCGGGUACAGUGCUGGCCUCGGUUCUCUGGUGUGGGUGCUGUCAGCCGAACUCUUCGAAGACUCCUCUCGAGGAAUCGGCAUCGGCAUCUCCUCGCUCUUCUCCUCGAUAUGCGUGUUCUUGACAACCAAAUACUUCGCUCAGCUCACCUCGGUCAUAGGAUCAGCGGAAACCUACUGGUUGUUUAGUUUCAAUUCGUUCCUGCUUUGCGCUUUCGUGUUGUUUUACGUACCAGAGACGAAGGGGAAGAGUUUUGCUGAGAUCCAGAGUGUGUUAAGGGGAAAAGGGAAAUCGGAGACGGCCAAUUUUUGCCGUAGUUAAGAAUUAGUACAUUGUUUUUAUGUUGGUGUUGUAUAUGAAUGAGGCAGUUUGUAGUAAAUUCCAUUUGAACUCGCCUUACUGAUUUAUCGCUAAAAAUAAAUAAGGAUAAGUAAUUGAAUUUAUUAGUUUAAAAAUUACUG